AUGUGUUCAGGUGCCCAGACCAGGUGUGCUGGGCCUCCUUGUUGUCUUUUCACACUAUGCAGUCCAAUUGGAGAGAUAUUUCAUUUUAUUUAGCUGUAUGACACACUUACACAUUGAUUGUCAAAUGGUUUAAAUUUUAUUUGAAAUGGGAGACCAUUAAUCAAUAAGAGACAAAAUCAAUAAAAACCCAAAAUCUAUGACAUUUAUUUCAAUUGUGUUUGAGCCUACAGUGUUCGAUUUAAAAAGAAAAAAAAUUCUAUAUUGAACUUUUUGAAGAAACCACUUGUGCAUCUGUCCAACUUAUCCUUUCUUACAGCCAUCUUUAUGUACCUUGGUUCAGACCGUCAAUAAUCUGACCCAAUGCCAUUUUCCAAAAGUCUGUUGCUCUUCCAAAUAAUCUGAGAGACGGGUAAAAAGAGCACACAAUUUGUAAAAGCAAUGGAUUAUUGUAAAAUGAUUGAGCACUGGGGCAGAUAAGCAGGGCCGGAUUAACAUAGGGGGUGAUGGAGCUGCAGCUCCAGGCCCGUGCCUAGGGAAUAGGCCCAUUGAUUUAAAAUAUAUAUAUUUGUUUUUUAUUAUUUAAUUGCUUUUUUUUAUUUAAAUAAUAUUCUUCACAUGCGCUUGCUUAAGUAUGGAAGCUUAAAAGGGAUGUAGGAUAACAAAACUUGAGUGAACUGGCUGAAAUUAAAUUAGUUAAGGUAAAGCUGACUUUGCGCACUCUGCAAAUGCUCUUACUGCUUCAGUCUCUCUAACACUGUGGCAUAUUCUACACGCACUUUUUCUCUGUCCAAGACUGUAUAAAAGGAGCUCCUGUCUCCUAAUAAGGUUAGGAGAGGAGUGGACCAGCGAGUGCUAGGGGACAGUCCAUAGAAAGUGUUGAGCGAGCACAUCAUUAGACGCAUUUAUGUCAAGCUCAGGGUGCCCUUGGUUGGUCAUCCUGCAUGAUUGGCAGGCAGCUUGAUAUGCAUUCACGCCACCGUUUAGGUUACGUGAUUCUCAUCAGUGGCCCACCCUUUUACCCCGCCCACCAAAAUCCUGCUUCUCCGGACACUGAUCUUAAGGGGUAUAGAUUUACUUGAACGAUGAAAGUGAUUAGCACAAGGUACGUGUUUUCUGAUAGCUAUAUCCUGUGAGUUUCCCUCCAGCACCACCUCCACCAGAUACAUGACGCUUGGGAGAUAUAACUGGUUUUGUGUUUUCUGUCGAUAAGAUUCUGUAAUUAGGCCCAUCAUAAUUGUCAGCACCAAGCCCAAUGGGCUCCUAACCCAGCCCUGAAGAUAAGUGACACUCCGACCAUACCAGCUGACUUCAAAUUGUAUUUUGAAUUCUGACCAAAGGUGUAUAUAGAUGGCUGUUAGAAAGGAAGAGUGGGGUGGGUAGGCAAGGGAUUUCUUCAAAACUUUUAGCCUAUAUGAAUAUAUAUAUUUUUUUUUAAUUAUGAGAUGUAGUAGUGUAAAAAACUAAGAUUAUAUUAAUGCAUUAAGUAAUUGCCAUUAAAUGUCAGUGUUCUUUUAAGAUUUUGUAUAAUUGAAUUUAUUUAUUUUUGCAACAGUUGUCUCCCCACAUGUGAAAGAAGGACAGAAAAUUCUUGCCAAGGAAGCAACUCAAGGAAUUGUCCCUCUUGCACGACAAUCAUUGUUUGAUUUGGAUGACAAUCAGAUCUUCUGUUAGUCUAGAGGAUGAUGUAUUCACUUGACAUUCUAGAACACUUCCUUAACUCAACCUAGUUGUUGGGUAUAAAUAUUCACCUCCCGGUGCCAUUCUCUCAGCAACAAGUCAGAACUGCUCAAAACACAGCAUUUUCCGAUCAUCGAGGUAUGUGAAUGCUUAAAUGAAAAGAUCUUUUUAAAUUACAAAAUACUAAAAUCGCAUUCAUCAAAUAAUUAUCAAAUAUGUAAUGAAAUUUAUUUAAAAGGGGGAUCACAUUGGAGCUAAAAUUGAAUACCAAGUCGUUUUUUGUUUAUGCGUUGUUUUUUAUUUUUUAUUUUUUUUUUAUAAUGAAAGUGCAAUAGCCCUUUAUUUGGAAUGAUAUUUUAAGAAAAAUUUGCAGAGAUAAAACAAAGUCCUGAGGAACAUGUGAAGUAAUACUCAAUACUACUUCUCUUUAAAAUAAUUUUUGUAUAUUAAAUAUUUUUAAUAAAGUAAUUUGAAAAGAAAAAUCCUAAAAACAAAUUAAUUAUUUCCUAGCAACUUUGUGUAACAUACUUUAAAACAUGUUACAUAGGCAUUUAUAUAUAUUUUAUUAAACAAACAAUUUUGCCAUGUAUUUUGUGAUUAAUUGAUAUUUUUCAAAUAAGCAAUUUUAUCUAUAUUUCUGCAGGAGGCAAAAUUAGACUACAAAAGGCAUUCCACAUUAUCAAUAUAUGUAAAGGUUUCUCCGUUUUUACUCAGUUGUGGCACACACCGGAUAUUUAUUAUAUUAAAAUAGCAACUGAAAAACAAAAAAAUAUAGAAAACAUAUAUAUAUUCGUGUGUGUUUAUUAAUAUUUUAAAAUGAUAAUAUUUACAACCAAUCAUAAUAGUUGGGUUUUUUGGGGACAAUAAUGAAUUAUUCUUACAUCAAGAUUAUUUAAAAUAGUGCGUGCCAUAGUUUCUGGGUAAAAAAGUACAUACAAUAAAAUUGAGCAGAACAUUACUUAAAAAAAUAUAAAAGAUCAAAUAUAGCUAUAAAAAUAAAAUAGAACUAUUUACAAAGUGGGUUGAGAACCCCUGUACUAAAGCAUACAUCAAUUACAUUUCCUAAAAAAAGAAUUUGGAUGAUAAAAUGUGGACGAGUGAAAAAAAUUGUUAGAUCACAAAUUUGUCUGUUAUUUACUUUGUGCAAACUAUCAUGACCAAAUGAAACAUUUUGAUAUUGAGAAUAGGAGGUGUCAUGUUUGACAUACCGCCAGUAUUGUAAUGUAUUCUACAUUGUAUUUACUACUAAUCUCAAGGUUUUUUUUCCUUAUAGCGCUGUGUUGUUUGUCAGUUAGCAAAAUGUUGAAUCUGUGGCUCCUGGUCCUACUUGGCUUUGCAGCAAGUGCAGUUCAAAGUCAACAAACUUCAUGUGCUUCAGUCAAGGCUCUUGAAGAACGUAAGUUGUGUAACAUACGUUUAGGUCAUUGUUAUUUGCAUCAUGUCAAUUAAAGACAAUAUUAUUUCAAAUGAUUCUGUUUCUGCACAUUAGUCCAUGUUUUGCCCAGUUAUAGAUUUGAUGAAACUUGUUAAUCAGGUAUUGAUUGAUUCUAAGUUGUUGAUUACGACUUCUGCACAAAUGUUACAAAUGUUUUUUGGUGGAAGAUCAACUGUGUAUCCUGACUACAAGUCCUUAGUAGAGGCGACACUUGAAAUGCUUUGGCAUGACAGCACUGGUUAUCAUAAUCGCUAACAAUGACAGACUUUGUGUCAAAACUAUCUGGUCCUAAAAUAAAAUGUCCCACUAUUUACUGGCAACAUGGCUUUAUAUAAACAGAACAUUCCAUGCUGAUAUCACAUUUUUAAAGACCAGAUUGUGAUGAUGGUGUAGAAUGUUACUAUUUUGGUGAUGGUGUGGAAUGCUCACUCCAAUAGUUUUUAUGCCAUCGGUUGCGCCUCUUAACAAACCCUAGGCAACUGCCCUAUAUACACUAGUUACCCCUGUGUCUUGUAAAUGUAUCUAUUGAUGAAUGGCUAAUUCCAUGUACCUAAAGGGGCCUUCUAGUCAUCAACCACUUCAGCUUAGUGAAGUGCCUUGGGUAUACAGAUGCUCAUGUAGUCUCACAGUUCAUUUAUAUGCUGUUUAAGAGUUAAACAACUUUAUUUCUACAUAUUUAGACACACCUCUAGUGGCUAUCAAUCACACAACCUCCCUACAUCCUCUCCCUUUUUCUUCUGGUUAAUAUACCUACAGUUGGCUAAAUAUUAAUUGACACUUACCCGAUAUUUAUCGUCAUUCCUGUUCCUUUGGUACCAUCCUCUCUCUUUUUCUCCCAGUUAAUAUACCUACCGUUGGCUAUAUCAUACAGCCCUUUGGGACCCUUAUAAUCAGCCGUCUGAGUGGAACAGGACAAUUUGAUACUGAUCAGGAUAUCUUUUUCACAACUAAUUCAAACUUGCAGGACUCCGAUAUUAUAACUUUAUUCUACACACACAGUUAUUUGACCUAAACCUUCUUUCCUCACUUCUUUGCUAUAAAAGGUGCCCACGAAGGCACUAUUCCAUCUACCUUAUUCUCUUUCUUCAGUUUUAAUAGCUUCACUGCUAUUUAUUAUAUAUAUAUAUAUAUAUAUAUAUAUAUAUAUAUAUAUAUAUAUAUAUAUAUAUAUAUAUAUAUGGGUUACUGGUAUUGACAAACUUCAGUUCCCAUUAUUUAACUGAAUAAGAGUAGCAAGCUUGCAGCUUAAUAAUCUUUUAUCUGCACGUAUCAUUAAUCCCAUCACUAUCAGGCAGCCUGGUUAGCGCCUGUUUUGAGCUUGAGUGCUGAUAGAAGUAAGUGUGUGAUAUAUACAGCUUCCUGGCAAUUAGUAGGUAAUUUCCAGAGAUGGAUUUUGUGGCUGAUUACCCUUAGGUAACUUGUUGAGUGUACGAUCUUAUUAUAUCGUUACAUAUAUUCCAUGCACUUUCGAUACACCGGUGCACAUUAUCAUUUGAUAGCUGCGUGAAAUAUACUAAGAGCUACAUCACUGAGUAUCAGAUACAUUUCUGAUACAUUGUUGCAUCAAUAUUUAUUUUGCAAAGUAGUUACCUCUCAAGGGGCUUUUUCCAUACUCUGUGCCAUUUAUUCUAUUUUUAUAUACCUGAUAAUUAUACACUGAGUUCCGGCUGAUCUUAUGAUUAAAGCUAUUAGUUAGAUAUUGAUGUUCAUAUCUAUCUAAGCCAGCUCAGUUUAUUUAAUUAACUUGUUUACUUUUGUGUGUCACAUCUUGUAGCGGAGAUGCAAUAUUCCCCAGGUAUCUCCGCUUAUAAUCCAAGUGAGGCUCAGGAACAAGUAAAUAGUAAAUCCACAGGCAAGGCUUCCAGCAGGUAAAAUAACAGCAAUAUCCCACAGCAAUCCCAAUAACUGGACGACACACAGUUUCAGGAGCAGAACUGAAAGCUUUAAUCCACACUGUCCUUUUAAAGCAUACUCCCAUGCAAGGGAGGGAUUUACAAUCAUUAGUACAGUAGCCAAUCCUGUCCUGGUAACCUCCCACCCAUCUCCUCCCCUCAGCUUGCAUCAUAAUCCCCUUAUCCAGUCUAGCAAUUCCCCCCGUUUCUGGAUGUACCCCUAAAUGUAGGAGUACCCCUUUAAAUCCUACAUCCCCGGAUAGCCCUGAUCUGGGUGAACAACAUAUCCAAAAAUCACCCAGAUCAGACCAGGGGUUCGGGAAAUGUAUGGAGGGAAUAAAAUGACCGACCGCACUAACUGAGACAGCCGAAUGUGGUUCCAUGCGAAUGGGCCCUGCGGUCGGUCCUGGAAAACUGCACGAAAGCCUCUAGCUAUAGAGGCUAGGGAGGGUUCGUUAGGAACCGAACGGACCGGGCUUGUGGAGGUUUCAGCGGUGUUCGCCUAGUCGAGUGUCCGAUUUGAGUUCCAGACCCUCGACGGCAAAACACCGCUGUUCGGGAGUUUUAACAUGGCCGCCUCCACGUGUUCGUUUGUCGAAUGGCGGCCACCCCCGAGAACAAAGGACGGCUACUUAAAUUGUCAAUUACCCGUUCGCAACAAUGUUGCAACGGGUAAUUGAGGACACACUUCACAUAGGGGAGGUCUGAUUGUUCGGUAGUUUCAUUCCCUUAGUUUAUUCGAAUGAUUCUACCGAACAAUCAGAGGAAUACAAUUCUUUUAAACACAUAUAACAACAGCAGAUCACACGAAUGCAGUUAUUCACAAUACAUUUGCAGGACAGCCCAGUGCCAUCCGCUACACAUCUCACUUCCCUUUUCCUCUAUUUGUGUUCCUUACGUAGACUACUGUUAUUAACCUGCUAUAUUGAGUUAGGUAACCACUGUCGGGGUUUGUCUUGCAAGUAUAUGUGAGUCUUUUCUAUUUAAUAAAGAAUAUAUAUUUUAAUAGUUAUUCCCUAUAUUUAUAUAUAUUUUUUAGGGACAGAUCUUCUAUUUCAUUUUCUUGCUACCAAUUCUAUUAGGGUUACCCCCUGUUCGGUUCCCUUGCACUUUUUGGCCAACUAUUCUUUAUUUAAAGUGAAAAUUCAGUUUUAAAUUCAAAGUGAAUUUCUAAGUUAAUUCCAGAGUAGCCCAACUGAAAGCAUUUUUUUACUUAGACAUUUUUUCCAAUUCAGCAAUUUUAACCUUAAAUUUGAAAUCCAUUUUGGAUUCACAUUGCAAACUGUUAUUUGAAUGAGUCCCUCAAGAACAAACAGUUUAAUAUAAAGGGAGUGGGUCAGCAUCGCUGCAAAUUCUGCACCAAACAAAAAGUGUGAUUUAAUACAGUUAGGAAAGGGUUUGUUUGUUUGUUUUUUAUAAACUUGAGCAUUGAUAUUUUUUUUUCUAAUCGCUUUUUUCCAAAUGCAUUAAAAGGCAUUCAUUCCGUAAUCUAGACCUUCCCGAUAAUUAAGGUCAGCGUCAAAAACAAGUGAUAAACAAAUGUUCUAGUCAAUGUGUAUCAGCGAAUACUAAAUUUUACAUUUCUUUAUCUGUGAAAUAGAAAUCAUUGAAAAUCAGUUGAGGCACUGAAAAUCAUUAAUGUCCGACUAAUUUACAUUAUUUCUUUAUUUCUACAAUUUCAGCAAUUCAAUCAGCAUGUGAGAAACAUCAAGAACAUCUAGUACCAUCUACAUUUCCGGAUGUUACUUCUGUUGUUGGUUCUAUUAUCAGUCUUUUAACUGGUACCCUUACCGGGUUAGUAUUCCAUUACUGUUCUAAGUUAGAAUGUAACUCUUGGGAUGGAUAGCAAAAAGCACUGCCAACAUCCUAAAUAGAUAGCUCAAAUCUAAGACAACAUCUCAACUGGUACUUAGAAUAAGACGCAUCAAUGUGUAAGAUCUUGGCAAUGGGUUAUAAAAGGGUCAAGGGGAAGCACAUGUACCAUCAAUGCACUUGGGUAGAUGUGAGCAGAGGCAGCUUGGAAUGUUAGUGUCCAUCUUUUAAACAGCACUGUCACCAUCUGUGGACUUUGUAAUAUUUGAUGGUCCGGUGGCCAGGUGGGGGUCAGGGAAAAGGUGUGAUUUGCUUACCUGAAGCUGUCUCUCUCAGGUGCUGCCAUUUUCUUCUGGCCUUUCCUCUUCAGUGCCAGGAGCUGACUUCACUGCUGUACUCUACCCAGUGUCUAGAAUUGUCAAACAGUCCGUACGAGUAUUUCAUAAAGAGUUUAUUUCUAUGAAAUGCACAUUUUGCGGGAGCGGGAGAGUGGGGGCAGUUUCACUUUAAAGCUAAGCAACAAAGCAACUGUAACUUAAAGGGUCACUCUACUGUCCAAAUAAUAAUAAUAAUUAUUAUUAUUAUCAUUAUAUUAUUUAUAUAGCGCCAACAAAUUCCAUAGCACUGUACAAUGGGAAGAAAGAAAGAGAAAUACCAUUUAGGAGAAAUUCCCCAAAUGAAACCAUGCAUGCAUUUUAUUAUGAUUUUUUCUUUCAUUGGAGAUAUAUCUAAAACAGCUUUUUAUUUUUAAAAAGCCCAGACUUUCUGUGGCUGUCCAAUCACAGACUUCCCAAUGCAGCUCUAUGAGAAGUCUUUGCAAGGCAGGAGCUCUGGGCAAUUGCUGCCUCUUGAGUUUAGCUUCACUGAGCUAACAAACCAGGAAGUAACAGGGCUGAUUGACAGCCAGGGCAGGGAAACAAAGUUAAUUUAUAAAAGUGCCAAUUUCUAUUGAAAUGUACCCUUUUUUUAAAAAAGAGGCCCUACUCCUCCUCAUACAUGAAGCAUUUUAGCAAGAUAAAAUACUUUAUGCUUCCCUGCCAAAAGAGCACACUUUUGUACAGCAACGGAGUGUGCGUUGGUUCAGAAAACUGCUAAUCAGAUCGAUGGUAAGUAAAGAUUGCUGUCAGAAUGAGGGAGAUAGUGUAUACAUCAAUUAAAGGUGUACAAGAUAAACAUUAUAUUAAUGGGCAUUUUGUAUGUCAGUGAUCCCUUAAAUAUAUAUCAUUUGAAGUUUCUGGAAUGAUAAAUAUCACCAUUGCGGUGUGUUUUGGAACAUUCUGGUUACAGCACUAAUAAGAUUGGGGAUUAUUCGAGAGUUAAGUCACAUACAACAUGAUAAGAAAUAUAAAAUAGAAGCUUAAUGUUCCCACCUGCCAGGGUGAUUCAUAAAUAUAAUGUAAACUCUCUAUGUGUUUCUUUCAGAUUAAAACUUGAUAGCAUUGCUGCAGUUAAAGUCAGUGUAGACCCUUCUACCUUGGCUUUGUCCAUUAAUGCCCAAAUUAAUUUAUCCUGCAAAGAGUAAGUACAAACAUUAAUUAUUAUUAUUAUUAUUAUUAUUAUUAUUAUUAUUAUCAGGAUGAAUGUUUCAGAAAGCAAUGUCACAUUAUCUGCAAACAUCAAGUAACUGAACUAAAAGUGCCCAGAUCCAUUUGUGUUAACCCUUUCUGCAUCUCAGAACCAUCUUGACUUUUCAUUACUUUACUGUACACUCUCCCACUUUGUUGUCACUGAUUUCUUUCAUCUCAACCCCACCCCCCAACCAUAUCUGCUGUUAAUUGGCAAUCCACAUAAAGCUCUCCUCUACAUCAGUCACCCGCAGCCCUUUCAUGUAGGUCCUGUCCUCCCUCUUUAUUUUAGUCCUCCCUAUAUCAGUCCUCCCUCAGCCCCUCCAUGUAGGUUAUAUCCUCCAUCUUUAUUUUAGUCCUCCCUAUAUCAGUCCUCCCUCAGCCCCUCCAUGUAGGUUCUAUCCUCCCUCUUUAGUAAAGUCCUCCCAAUAUCAGUCCUCCCUCAGCCCCUCCAUGUAGGUUAUAUCCUCCCUCUUUAGUAAAGUCCUCCCUAUAUCAGUCCUCCCUCAGCCCCUCCCCUCCCUCUUUAUUUUAGUCCUCCCUAUAUCAGUCCUCCCUCAGCCCCUCCAUGUAGGUUCUAUCCUCCCUCUUUAUUUUAGUCCUCCCUAUAUCAGUCCUCCCUCAGCCCCUCCAUGUAGCUCCCUGCCCCUCCAUGUAGGUUAUAUCCUCCCUCUUUAUUUUAGUCCUCCCUCAGCCCCUCCAUGUAGGUUAUAUCCUCCCUCUUUAUUUUAGUCCUCCCUAUAUCAGUCCUCCCUCAGCCCCUUCAUGUAGGUUCUAUCCUCCCUCUUUAUUUUAGUCCUCCCUAUAUCAGUCCUCCCUCAGCCCUCCAUGGUAUCCUCCUCUUUUUAGUUCCCUUUACUGUCCUCCCUCAGCUCCCUCCAUGUAGGUUCUAUCCUCCCUCUUUGUGUGGUCCUCCCCAGUAGUCCUCCCUCAGCCCUCCCAUGCCUUGCAUCCUCCCUUAGUGUCCUCAGUCCUCCCCUCAGCCCUCCCUCCAUGUUCCUAUCCUCUUAUUUUAGGUCCUCCUAUCCUCCCUCCUCUUAUUUUAGUCCUCCUUUGUCUCCUCCCUCAGCCCUCCUAUAUCCUCCCUCUUUAUUUUAGUCCUCCCUAUAUCAGUCCUCCCUCAGCCCCUCCAUGUAGGUUCUAUCCUCCCUCUUUAUUUUAGUCCUCCCUAUAUCAGUCCUCCCUCAGCCCCUCCAUGUAGGUUCUAUCCUCCCUCUUUAUUUUCAGUCCUCCCUAUAUCCUCCCUCUUUAUUUUAGUCCUCUAUAUCAGUCCUUCCUCAGCCCCUCCAUGUAGGUUCUAUCCUCCCUCUUUAGUAAAGUUCCCUAUAUCAGUGCCCCCCUCCCUAUAUUGGUUCUUAUCUUUUUUCCCAAAUUGGCUUUCUUUUUUCUCCUUAUUUCAGUUCUUCCUUCCCAAUUCAGUUAUUUUAACAGUCCCCAUUUUGGGUAAUUUCUUCCUCCACAUGUUGCUCUUCUUGUCCUUUCCCAUAUCAAUUUACUUCUCCCUCUCAGUCUAAUUCAUCUUCCGUCUCCCUCUAUCGGUCCUCCUCUCUCUCAUUUUAUUAAUCUUCCUACUCAUAUUAUUCCUCCUCUCCCUCCUUCAAUCAGUCCUCUUCUCCCACCCCCUAUCUGUCCUUUUCUUUCUCUGCAUAUUAUUCCUCCUCUCCCAUCCCCUAUCAGUCCUCUUCUCCCACCUCCUAUCAGUUCUCUUCUCCCACCCCCUAUCAGUCCUCUUCUCCCACCUCCUAUCAGUCCUCUUCUCCCACCUCCUAUCAAUCCUCUUCUCCUUCUUUGUGAGAUUCAGCAUUCCAUAUAGUCCCUGCUCUGAUAAAGUAGUUGUGAAUUCUUUUGCAUCGAAACAGUGUGCUCUUAUUAAUAGCCAGAAAUAUCAUAUUUCUGUUUAAUAUGUUACUGAUCUGUAGGAAGUCUUUUAGUUUUAGAAAUCCUGUAGUUUUGUUAAGUAUUUUUGCUUCCCUGAAACUGUUUCUCUAACCUAAUGUUUUCUAGAAAGAAAGGUAUCAUACUGGAUUUGAACAUACAGGCGGGAAACUUGAUAACAGAAAUAGUAGAUGGUGGUCUGUCACUGAAACUAAACAAAGCCGUGGUCAUCAAAGCUACUCUGAAUGGGUAAGUGUAUCAGUGGAAAUCCAGUGAAACCAAUUCAUUCUUCAUUCAUCUGACAAAUAAUUCCUUGUUAUUUUGUAUGCUGUCCAGGGUUUAACUCAACAAUAAUUAAAAAAGGGAAAAUGCUGUAUACAAAGAAAAAUCCUACACAGAGGGAGAGAUACACCCUAUUGGAUACAUAUCUUUUGUUUUGUUUUUUUAUAAUCUUUAUUCAAAAUGUUUUUUUCCCAAAAGACAUAAAAAUAUAAAUACAAAAACAUGAAAUAAAAUAAAUGCAGAAGACGACACAAUUCCUUGGACAAUAAACAAUAAACUUGAUAUUUUUCUGCCAUAUGGAUACAUAUCUAAAUAUACAGAAAGGAAAUCUGUUACAGUACACUUUGGGAGUGAUUGGACACAUUGUAAAUACUUUCUUUGAAGUUGUAGAUGUUAUAUUGAACUCUGUAUGCUUUGAAGUUUACCUUUCUCACUUGGUAUGAUAUUUCUGUGUAAACAGAAUUUUCCAUUUUGUUAACUUAAACUGGUGUCAACACAACGUGAUUGGACCAUGGGUUCAGAGUGGCCCCAUGCCAGUCACUGUGCCCUAGUUACUAAUAGUCGAGUAUGAAUAGUGUGAGAAAGCAAUGAGAUGCCUCUGGUGAUUGACACGUCUUCUCUCCUGCUUCAUCAGAAAUUCUAAACAGCAGAAUGAUUACAUCAUAUGCACAAAUCUCCUGCCCUAUUAGUGACUGUGGGCUGAUGGGUCUGAGAAUAUCGGAGGCACAGUUCUCCUGCUUCGUUAGAGACAGUGAUAUAAUGCGUACAUGACACAUAUAUACCAAAAAUAAAUACUGCGUAGUAUUAUAAGUAGUCAAUACCAGCCACUGGUAGGGAGGUUAAAGAGGCAUUAUAGGCACCCAGACCACUUCAUCUCGUUGUAGUGAUCUAGGUGCAGUGUCGCUGUCCCACUUAGCCCUGCAGUGUAAAGCAUUGUAGUUUUAGAGAAACUGCACUGUUAACAUUGCAGUGCUAAGACUGCCUCCAGUGGCUCUUCCUGUAGUUUCAUGGAGUUUGACUCAAUGAAAUGACAUUGAACCUCCUCACAGUUUGCAUGAGGACAUUGAACGUCUUCUAAAUUCCAGUGGGAAAGCUUUGAUUCAAUGCUUUCCAAUAAGGAAGAACUAACGCCCCCGCAGCACUCACCGCUCAUGUGCAUUUGGUUUCCCCAAUCAGCUAACAUCAGCAGAGGAGGAGCAUGAUCUUGGCGCUGGAAUCAGAUAAGUCACUGAAAGUUUUUUUUUAAACUUUUAAACCAUUCAUGGAUGGGGGGAACCACGGGUCUUUGUAUUCCUAACUCAGUAUCCAGAUACACAGAAAUGUCCACAAUUUAGCUGUAAACAAAACAAACCACAUGUACGGUAAUAUAGUUGUGACUCCCAAUCCCUGGUGAAUAUAAGUUGCACUUACAAUCGGGAAGUAUUGAGUGCGUCUCUCUACUCUAAGAGGAGUAUUUACGCUUUAAAAAUUCUUCCAGUGUAGAUUUCUCGCAUAUAAUAUAGACAAACAGUAAAUAGUGCAGUAUUGUAAUUCACUAGAAUAUAAUAAACAAAUUGCACUUACAAGAGACAUGGUAAAUCCAGGCACAUCAUCAUCAUCAUCCAAUUGCCAAUUUUGGCAUCUGGAAUAUUUAUGUAGUGAGAUCCAUUGCUUUGAGUGUUCUUUGGUGAGGUAUCCUAGAGGUGGACUCUAGUGUUAAGUUUAUUGGGCGUGUUGUGGUAUUCAAUUUUUGGAUAUGAUAUGAUAUAAUAACUGUAUACAGGGGAUAGGACAUAACUACUUAUAGAGGAUAUGAUCUAUAUCUAAUUAAAGCAGAUAAUUAAAAUGGUAACAGUGAGGCUGUAAAUGUUUAAUACUACAAAUGUGCAAAGAGUGAAUUUAAAAGAAAUGGAGAUUCUCAUGAAAAGAGGUUUAACACAAGUUGUGGGUGAUUUUCAAUGUUUUAUUCAUAGAAACAUAGAAUGUGACGGCAGAUAAGAACCAUUUGCCCCAUUCUCUAAAUACUUUCAUUGGUCCCUGGCUUUAUCUUAUAGCUAGGAUUUUACUGUGCCUAUCCCUAUUCUUGUGCCUAUUGAUUAAACUCCUUUACUGUGUUAACCUCUACCACAUCAACUGGAAGGCUAUUCCAUGCAUCCACUACCCUCUCGGUAAAGUAAUACUUCCUGAUAUUAUUUUUAAACCUUUGUCCCUCUAAUUUAAGACUAUGUCCUCUUGUUGUGGUAGCUUUUCAUUAAAUGGUUCUGUAAGAAGGAACGCAGAUCAGGGGAAAGUUCUUAUGGCUGCACAAUACUGCGUGAAGUAAUAGAUGAUAAUCAAUCAGUGAGAACGAAUCAAUCUCUAACCUGAGCUUUCUUUCUCUUUAUUCUUUUGUUGUGAACUUGUAGAAAAAGCAUUACCAUUUUAGAGUCUCUGGUGUCGCCCCUCGUUAAUAUCAUUAUUAAAGGAGUGACAAGCACGGUAAGUUUAAAACCACCUUUUUGGUAAAACGGGCAUUUAUUAUCUUAGUCGCUGUUUCUCUGCUGUAUCCCCUCAGUCUGGUUACCGGCCUUUGCUUAGCUGUUUCCAGAGAUUCGGACAUGAGAACACCCGCGUAUUUACUAUUUACUAUGUGUUGCCUUUAUCUUGACUUCCAGUCUUAGUCGUUGUGUAGUCAAGCAUUUUGAGGACCAUUAAUGCAGUGACAUAUAUCAGCUUGAUGGUCUCUGUUAGUUGGGAUGACAGUACUUCUUUAACUGCUGCUAUCAUACUGUCUGGAAGCAGUUUUCAACUGACCUUUGGUAAUCUUGUCCAGUGGUCAAGAACUGCUAGCUUUUCUAAGAUCAUCUUUCUUAUAUCUACUAUAUACAGUGGUGUAUUUUGGAUAAGUGCUGCCCUAAGCAUGACAAAACUCGGGCAGUUCCCUAUCUACAUUUGCCCCUCUUCAAACACGCAGUUUGACUGACAGAUAUGAACUGACACACCCACCCACUAACAGGCACAAACUCUCAGAUAUACAUACAGUGAUAUACAUUUACUGACAGACACACACUGGCAGACACACACAUAAACACACUGGCAGACACAAACUAACUAACAGAUACACACUUAUACAUACACAUUUUUCAUUUAAAUCCACCCAGCCUCCCUAUCAUUUGGAGAGCUGGAGUGGAUUCUUUCCUGUGGUCCAGUGUGGCUGGGCUGGUUGGGCAGCUGGGCUGCUGGGUGGGCAGGCAGGUGCACAGUAAAGGCGGCAAGGGAGCUGUAAUCCUCCUGCUCAGCCCCCUCGAGUGCUGCUUAGUGAUGCCGGGAACCAGAAUGACGUCAUAUUCUGGCUCCUGGCACCACUGCGGCAUAACAAUGUGAGCAGCUGAAAGCCUCGAGGGGCCCUGAGGUGGUCAGUCGGCCAGCUCUUGGGUCCCUCAACAAAGAGGCUAUCAAGGCAACUGCCAGGGUGCUGGUGGGGUGGCAUUUUUUGCCGCCCCCCUGAAAGUGCCACCCAAGGCAAAAAUGCAUUGUUAGCCUUGUUGGAAAUAUACCACUGACUAUAUAUCUGCUCUAUAUAUCAUACAAGAUCCAGCGCACUCAUUCGUUCACUAUACAGCUAUUUCAAAGCUCACAGAAUGUAAUUUUUUUUUUUUAGAAACACAAGUGUACCUAUCUUUCUCUCUCUCUCUAAAAUAUAUAUAUAUAUUAGAGAGAGCGAGAGAGAGAGAGAGAGACAGAGAGAGAGAAAGAGUGGUACAGUUGUACAGUCAGGGCCAGAUUAAGAGCCAAGUGGGCCUGGUGCUGACAAUUAUGAUGGGCCUAAUUACAGAAUCAUAUCGACCAAAAACAGUAAAACACUCCCAAGCAUCAUGUAUCUGAUGGAGAUGGUGCUGGAGAGAAAGAAAACAGCAGCUAUAAGAAAACACAUACCCUAGGCUAAUCUCUCUCUAAUUUAUGUUUUCAUCUUUCAAGUAAAUCCAUAACCCCUAACAGCAGUGUCCAGUGAACCAGGAAGUCAAUGUGCAUGGUAAAAGCGUGUGCCACUGACACAAAUCACGUAACCUGCCAAAAGGGGCGAACAUGCCCAAAAAGAAGAUAUGUCUGCCCAAAGAAUUAGAAGGCCAGCCUGGCAUGAAUGCAAGUCAGGCUGCCUGCCAAUCAUGCAGCUGGCCAACUAAGGGCAUACUAUGCAGACACCACCCUGAGCUUGACAUAAAUGCACGCUCACUCAACGCUUUCUAAGGACUGUCCCCUAGCACUCGCUGGUCCACUUGUCUCCUUACCUUCUUACUAGCAGGCAGAAGCUCCUGGUAUAUGGUCUGGGAGAGAGAAAAGCUGUAUGUAGUGAGUGUAGAAGAAAGGGAACAUGCCACAGUGUUAGAGAGACCAAAGUCAGCAUUACCUUAAAGGAUCACUAUAGGGUCAGGAACACAAACAUGAAUUCAUGACCCUAUAGUGUUAACACCACCAUCUAGCCCCCCUGGGCCCCUCAUGCCUCCAUAAAUAUAGCAAAAUCUUACUAUAUUCAAGCCUGAAGCUGUAACUCUGCAUGCUGUUAGACUCAUAAAAACAAGCAGUCUGCUGACAUCAUUAGAAGUGGUGGCCUGAUCCAAUCACAGUGCUUCCCCAUAGGAUUGGCUGAGACUGACAAAGAGGCAGAUCAGGGUCAGAGCCAGCAUGAUUCAAACACAGCCCUGGCCAAUCAGCAUCUCCUUAUAUAGAUGAAUUUAAUUAAUGAAUCUUUAUGAGGAAAGUUCAGUGUCUGCAUGCAGAGGGAGGAGACACUGAAUGUUUGGAUGCAUUUUAGGCAGCCAUGACCCAGGAACGAUCUCUAACAGUCAUCUAAGGAGUGGCCAGUGAAGUUAUCACUAGGAUGUAAUGUAAAGACUGCAUUUUCUCUGAAAAGACAGUGUUUACAGCAAAAAGCCUGACGGUAAUGAUUCUACUCACCAGAACAAAUUCAAUAAGCUGUAGUUGUUCUGGUGACUAUAGUGUCCCUUUAACUAUAUUCAUUGUCAGCCAGUCCACACAAGUUUUGUUCCCAUACAUCCCUCUUAAGUUUCCAUACUUAAGUAAGAGUAUGUGAAAAGUAGUUAGGGUUGCCACCUUUCUUGGAAAAGCAUACCAGCCUUACUAAUUUGCAUAAUUAAAUAUGUAUGGGUGACAUCACAUGAUGUAAAUCACAAGGAGUGACAUAAGAGAAAAUGCUGUAAAAUCACCAAAAAACUACUUAUAGAUGGAUUGCUCCCACUGCCCCAAUGUCUCCCAGUGCCCUCAUGACUCAGUGCCCCCAUGUGUCGAUUACUUCAGGUCUCAGUGAUCCUAUGUAUCACAGUGUCUCAAUGCCCCAUGUCUCCCUGUGUCCCCAUCUAUCCCAGUUCCCCCAUGUCCCUAGGACACUAGGAAGACACAGGAAGUGCACACUGAGGACACUCAGUGUGCACUUCCUGUUAGUCCGGCCGGGUACAGGAAACAAAAGCUCCCUGUACCCGCGGACUAUACUGGGCUCGGCCACGCUACAACUGAGGUGGGGGGGGGGGAAUUGACAGGGAGGGAGGGGGAGAAAGAGUGACAAGGGAGAGAGGGAGGAGGAGAAAGUGACAAGGGAGAGAGGGAGGAGGAGAAAGUGACAAGGGAGGGAGAGAGGGGGAGAAAGAGUGACAAGGGAGAGAGGGAGGGGGAGAAAGUAACAAGGGAGAGAGGGAGGAGGAGAGAGUGACAAGGGAGAGAGGGAGGGGGAGAGAGUGACAAGGGAGGGAGGGAGGGGGAGAAAGAGAGACGAGGGAGAGAGGGGGGAUAAAGAGUGACAAGGGAGGGAGGGAGGGGAGAAAGAGUGACAAGGAGGGAGAGAGAGGGGGAGAAAGAGUGACAAGGGAGGGAUGGAGGGGGAGAAAGAGAAUGACAAGGGAGGGAGGGAGGGGGAGAGAGUGACAAGGGAGGGAGGGGGAGAAAGAGAGUGACAAGGGAGGGGGAGAAGGAGAGUGACAAGGGAGGGAGGGAGGAGGAGAAAGAGAGUGACAAGGGAGGGAGAGAGUGGCAAGAGAGCGACAAGGAGGGGGGAGAAGAGCGACAAGGAGGGAGAGAGGGGAGAAAGAGAGCGACAAGGGAGGGAGGGGAGAAACAGUGACAAGGAGGGGGGAGAAAAGAAAGUGACGAGGGAGGGAGAGAAAGAGCGACAAGGAAGAGGACAAGGAGGGGAGGGGGAGAAAGAGGAAGCUGAAGGGAAGGGAGGAGGGGGAGAAAGAGCGCAUGUAUGAGGGGAGAAAGAGUGACAAGGGAGGGGGAGAAAGAGAGUGACAAGGGAGGGAGGGAGGGGGAGAAAGAGAGUGACAAGGGAGGGAGAGAGAUUGACAUCCAUCACACACACAAACACAAUCGCACAAUCAUGCAAACCUUGCACACACAGAAACACACAAUGCAUUCCUUACACACACUAAAUGCACCCCGUACACACACUCUAUGCACCCCUUAUAGACGCACACACUGCAUCCCGUACAUACACAGAAACACACCUUGCAGCCCUUACACAUACAAACACAGAUUCACACAAUGCAUUCCGUACACACAUAUCAGGACAUCUCCUACACACUCCACCCCCUGUUAACAAACUCAUUGGUGGAACAUGAAGGUGGACCCAGGGACCCAGACCUUGAGCUGUGUAAAGGGCCCCCAAAAAAUGGAGCUGCUUCCUGUUCUCCCAGAACAUUGAUUUUUGUGACCACAGUUACAAACAGCCUCCAGAAAGACUGUUCUACACCAGACCAGUGGAGCCAGACUGCAGUUAGAGCCCAUCAUCAUCCUCAUCUGGUUGUAAGUAGGCAAUCUAGCAUAUUAUUUGUGGCACUAAUCUCUAAUUUACAUGGAAAGGGGUUCUAAUAUAAAUGGAAGGGGUAGAGACGGGUAGUAAAAUGUAUGGAAUGCAUUUCUGAAAGUGUCACUGAAUGGCAAUUAGGAAAUGUGGUCACCCUAAGUCAGGGGCAGUAUUACACAAUCUGUAUAUGUAUUUAAAAAAAAAAAAAGUAAUCUGCAAAGUACAAAAUGUUUGUGUCAUAUGUCGUGCUAAAACUUAAGCUAAGAAUGUGCAUAUUUUUUAUAAAUAAUUUUUAGAAUAAUGAUACAGACAUUUUAUUUCUUACAUUUGUUAUGAUUCUUUUUUCCUCUCUGUAUUCAAGGGACACUAUAGUCACCAGAACCACAUUAGCUAAACGUAGUAGUUCUGGUGUCUAUAGCAUGUCUUUGCAGGCUUUUUAAUGUAAGCACAGCCAUUUCGUUAAAAGGCAGUAUUUACAUUACUGAUGAGGAAUACCUCCAGUGGACACUCAGAUGGCCACUAGAGGUGCUUCCUAGUCGAGGCAUGAAUGCCACCCUAUGAAGUAUCUGCGCAUGUGCGACAAAGCUGCGCAUGCGCACCAGAGACCAAUGACGCUUCUGAAUAGAAGCGUUUUAUUGCUCUCUGCUCGCACCCUCCUAUUUCGUUAUUUUUACGAAAUAGGGGGCGCAGCAUCAGUAGGAUCCCGGCGCUGUAUCCAGGUAAGUAAAAUCCCUUCCCUGUAGUGACCCUUUAAAGUUAUUAUUUAAUCAUUUAUAUAGCAACUGCAAAUUCCAUAGCGCUGUGCAAUGGGAUAAACGACUCAUAGUGUACGGAAUAAGAAUAUACCCGGCGAGUAAAAAUGCUAUCCCCCCCCAGAUUUUUUGGGGUUCCUACGCCCAUGACUAUCCCUUAGCCUUUGCUCUCCCUCACCCCUUCCCUUUCCCAUCUCUUGUUCUUCUACCCCUGACAUCUUCACUCUCAGGACUUUCCCCUUCAUUAUUUCUCCCCUGUCAACUAUCUACCUCCUAACCUCCCCUGUCACCUGUUCCCCAUCAAAUGUUUUUCUCCCCAUGAAAUCUUUUUUGUUCAUUUCAUUUUUUGUGUUGGUUAAUCUGUUAUUCACCAAGUAACUGGUAUAGAAUUGUUACUGGGGAUAAAUAUGCAGCAUAGAUUAUUAACAGCACAUAUACCUCCAUCAUAUUGGGGGAUUUAUUUGGGGAUAAUCUUCCCAUGCCCCAAAGAUGUGCAGUUGGAAUUUGUAACUGCCUUUUUGUUUAUAUAUCUACUAAAUAACGAGAAUUAAUAAGAAGAGCUAAGAACUCAUUUUAAUAUAUACAUUUUCACCUAAUGUGUUAAAGUUCCAUUUUAAUCUCUAGUUUUUUUUUUUUUAAAUAUUAUCUCAGUAGAAUUGCUGCGACCAUUUAAUAUCACAAAUAACUAAACUUGUCAUUAUUCAUCAAAAGUUAGAAUUCAAUAAAUUAAUUCAAUAAAUUGAAUUUAAAUAUUAACAGUGAGGAUUCAUAGUGAACACAAAGUGAUUUUCAAAUUUAAGGCCAGAGUAGUUGAAUGAAAAGCAUCGCCAACUUUGAGAGUGUUUCGAGUUUGUCAAUUUUGACCUUAAAUUUGAAACUUACUUUCAAUUCCAUUUGAAUUCUAACUUUAGGAAUUAAGAAUGUGUGAUUAGUGCAAAUGAAUGGUAUUCUACCCCUGUUACUAUGCUACUAUCAGAAAUGUUCUAAUUGUUCUCUUUCGUUUUACAGGUUGACUCUGCCUUAGAUCUUAUUGUUGGAGUUGCCAGUGAGACGUUAAGUCAAGUAUCAUGUACGUAGAAACACAGAAACAAAAUAGCGAGCCAAAUAAUUACUAACCCCUGAAAAGUAACAAAACUGAAGUUAUGACUAUAAAGUGUAUCCCAAUGGGGAACUAGUCAGUGAGUAUUGUGGACUAGAUUGGUAUAAAUAUCUAUCCUCAUUCAGUACAAUCAUAGGUAUCAGGGAACACUUUAUGGUCAUAAUUUUAGUUAUGUGGAAAUACUCUGAAUCGCGUGUUUAUUGCAUUUUUGUGCACAGAAAAAAAUUCUAAUAAUAAAAUAAAGAAAAAAAUAGCAGGGUUAUUUUCUAAACUGAGAAUUCAUAGUGAAUCUCAAAUUUAAAGGGACAUUCCUAAAAUAAUCUAAAUGAAGUUGUUAUGGUACCAGGAGGCCUCAAGCACCGAAACCAUUCUUGAAUGGUUUAACCUCAAAGUUGGCUCCAGCGGUGAUCUCCACUCCUCCCCUGACGGUAUAAGACUCCUGAAUUGUCAGAUUUUGGAAGUGCUGGCAGGCAGGGAUACCACUGAUUGGCUGAGAGCAGUCAGCUGAAGUUCUCAUCCAAUCAGUGACUCCCCAUUCACUAAACUGGCUUGAGAAAGGUACAAAUCACCCAAUCAGCAGUAUCCCUGCCCAGAACACUCCGCGCUUCCUGGAUCUGAUAAUUCAGGAGCUCUAUACCGUCAGGGGAGGAGUCAAUAUCACCGCUGGAGGCAAGUUUGGGGUUAAACCGCUCUCGUAAGAGUACCUCCAGGGGCCUCUUGGCACCAUAACAACUUAAUUUAGAUGAAGUUGUCUUGGUACCUGGAGUGUUCCUUUCACUUUGAAUUCUCUUAGUGAUUUUAGCAUCUGUACUGUAUAUUUUCAUGAACACUUAGUGCACAAAUUUCUUAUCGACCACUGACAGAGGGAAUAACUCUGUAAAUCCUUCUGUCAGUGGUCGAUCAGAAAUUUGGGCACUAAAUGUUCAUGAAAUAUCCAGUACAGAGGCUAAAAUCCCCUGUAAAUACACAUUGAUGUGUUAGUGCAAACUCAUAUUAUCCAUGUAUCAUUGUAUCUCACCAAGCUGCUGUCUGUUAUUUCACAGGUCGUAAUUAGUGUGUUAGUGCAAACUCAUAUUAUCCAUGUAUCAUUGUAUCUCACCAACCUACUGUCUGUUAUUUCACAGGUCGUAAUUAGUGUGUAAGUGCAAACUCAGAUUAUCCAUGUAUCAUUGUAUCUCACCAAGCUCCUGUCUGUUAUUUCACAGGUCGUAAUUAGUGUGUUAGUGCAAACUCAUAUUAUCCAUGUAUCAUUGUAUCUCACCAACCUACUGUCUGUUAUUUCACAGGUCGUAAUUAGUGUGUUAGUGCAAACUCAUAUUAUCCAUGUAUCAUUGUAUCUCACCAAGCUCCUGUCUGUUAUUUCACAGAUAUUGUUGGAAAUAUUGGAGGUGUUCUUACAAAAUUUUCACUAAUAAGUGUUUCUCACGUUGAUGAAUUGCUUUAUUGUGAAUAUGACGUAAGUCUAGUUUUUUAAAUAUUUCACCUUUUUAAUAGUUCCUAGAAAUACAUAAGAAUCUAUAAUUGCGAAGAUACACUGUGUUUAAAUUGAAUUCUUAGUUAUUAUGACUUACUAAGUAUAUUCUUGGUUGAAGAACAUUUAAGAAAAAUAAAAUUUUCGAUAAAGCUUUCUGUACAUUAUUCUCUAUGGAAGAGCUCUGUUUAGUGACUGAUUUUUGAUCGGUUUACAGCCCUCACUGGAUGUCAAUAACCCAAACAUCUUAGCACUAGCCUCUGAUCUAGCACAAAGAAGCUAAUAAAAGCAAACUCCCUAUAAGAUUGAUGUAAGGAAUUCAUUUCGGAGGGAUGAGAGGAGUGUGGGAGGGGGCAAAAUACAUCUUUACCUGCGUAGCCAAAAUAUUAGUUCACCUGCCCUGCACCCUAGAUGCAAUAUAAUAAAAAUAUAUAAACAGAGCAUAUUUAUUUUAUUUUUUAAACAAUCACCUUAUGAGCAUACAGCCUUUUUUUUUCUCCAGUGUCCUGCUUUCCGCACCUUUUAAGCUUGAUCAUUUUUAUUUUAAUUGUUACAGUUAGAGGGCUGUGCUUUUACUUCGCAGAGUCUCUUUGACAAGCUGAGUUGAGUUUCCCCUGAGUUGAAUUGUUGAUACAUGCACUAACAGACAGAUUUUAAACUAUCUAACCUAUUUAGAUAGUGACAGCGUAAAUAGAAAUACUGACAUUAUUUGUAAGACAGCACAGCCUUCGUUUGACAAAAUACAGGAGAUUGCACUCACCGACCUACCAUAACCGUUACCAAACAACCACAAAAACCUACAAAACAUCAAUACUACUAUUGCAGUCACACAUACACACAGGCAGACAGUCACACACACACACACACAGGCAGACAGUCACACACACACACACAGGAGCAGACAAUCACACACACACACACAGGCACACACUCACAGCCGACAGUCACAUACACACACGGGCAGACAGUCACACACACACACACACAGGCAGACGGUCUCUCACGCACACACACACACACACACGGUCACUCCAGACAGACAAUCACACACACACACGGGCAGACGGUCACACACAGCAGACAGGCAGACGGUCACACACACACACACAGGCAGACAGUCACACACCUGGCAGACAGACAAUCACCACACACACAGGCAGACAGUCACACACUCCACAGGCAGACAGUCACACACACAUACACAGGCAGACAGUCUCUCACACACACACACACACAGGCAGACAGUCACACACUCACAGGCAGACAGACAAUCACACACACACACAUAGGCAGACAGUCACACACACACAAACACACAGGCAGACAGUCACACACUCACAGGCAGACAGUCACACACUCACAGGCAGACAGUCACACACACACACACACACAGGCAGUCACACACACACAGGCAGUCACACACACACAGACACACUGACCUCCUUCUUACCUCCUGCUUGGAGCUCCUGCUUCCCAUGCUGCAGUUACCAGGGCCCCCGCCGCACACUAAGCUCCGCCCCCGCCGCAAAAUGUAUUUAAUUUUUUGCUUUUUUUAAAUCCCGGCGCCCCCUUCUCCCGUGGGGGCCCCGGGAUUACAGGAGCCUGAUUAUUGUUGGGACAGAGCUGUCAGCCCAGCCCCAGGUGCCCGGUAUAUAGGUAUCUCCUGAUUAUGGGAAAAUCGUACAUUCACUAGGCAUUUAUUUUAUUUUAUACAUUUACAGGUUGCUAUUUUAUACAUUUACAAGUUGCUAUUUUAUACAUUUACAGGCUCUUGUUAUUUGUUUUUUUAACAAUUACUAUGUGUAAAGAUACAUUUCUGUAAUUCCUUAGUCAUUCCUAAUGGGAAAUGAAUGUCAUUCGCACUUUGUUCUAGUUUAUUGAAGAAGGUGCAGAGAAAUCAUUCGACUUCGGCAGUUAUCCCCCGACUCCUCCAUCACCCGGACAUUGGUCUUCAUAUUGUGUUACAGAACAAACUCUUACUUGGAUGGUACUCAAUGUAUUGGGGUCCAGAACAGUAAGUAUACAUUGGAUUUGAUCAUUUAGUUUACACAAUGUGUCUUAUAUUAUAGAAGAUGUCUUCUGAAGCGCAUAAACAAUAUGUAUAUAAUAUAUAAUGUAUAAUAUGUAAAUAAUAUAUAUAAUGUAAUAUAAUGUAUACUAUGUAAAUAAUAUAAAAUAUAAUAUAAUGUAUAAUAUGUAUAUAAUAUAUAAUGUAUAAUAUGUAUAUAAUAUAAUAUAUAUAUAAUAUAUAUAAUAUAAUAUAUAAUAUAAUGUAUAACAUGUAUAUAAUAUAAUGUAUAAUAUGUAUAUAAUAUAAUACAUAAUAUAAUGUAUAUAAUAUAUAUAUAUAUAUAAUAUAAUACAUAAUAUAAUGUAUAAAAUGUAUAUAAUAUAUAUAUAGAAUAUAUAAAAUGUAUAUAAUAUAUAUAAUAUAAUGUAUAAUAUGUAUAUAAUAUAAUAUAACAUUACAAAGUGUUUCAAUACAAGAGCCAUCCUGUAUCCUCCAUACCCGGCUCAGUAAUAUAGAAUGAUAUUGGCACAAUAUCUGAUGCCCAAAGCCAACGAGGUUGGCUGGCCGUUCAUUUUUAUGUUUGUAAGUAUUUUUUUAUUUUCUUUUAAGCAGCUCCUGCUAUUGUAGCCAGCUGCCAUUAUUACUGGGAGGGUGGAUUGGUGCAGAGGAGGAGGGAUAAUUCUGUGCAUGUAUUUAUACAGAGUUGGAUUUCGGUUUGUAAGUUUUAUGUUUGGCUGGUAAAUGUUUCUAUGUUAUCGUAUCUGUGAGUGAGUAGACAGGCUCAGACAAACAUACUCAAGCAUUUCGAGUACACAUAGAGUACAACAUGUAAGACACACAUUAAAACAAAACACCUAUAAAAACAAGACCGUAUGUACAUGCACACAAAUGGAGAAGCAGCACACCCACCAUUACAAUAUACACAGUGUGGAGUAUUUGCUUAACCAAAUGGAAGCACACUAGUGGGCAAUGAUGUGUCCUUUCCCUCCCUCUAACCUGCAUGUGGCUCUCUGCACAGAAUCCCAAGAUUCUGUGACAAAGGUAAGAGCUGGGGGAGGACGAGAUUUGGACCUGUGGACCUGCGAUGAUGUUGUCUGUGUGUGAAUCUGCUCCCUGCACAGUACUGAUACAGGCAGCACAUGGGUCCACUGACCAACAGACAGAUAUUUUAUUAAAAUGAUUGCUGCAGGUCAUUUGGGAGGCCUCUCCAGCCUUGUAACACUGUGUACCCAGUGUUACAUUCUACCCAGGGAGAUACAAAACUCCCCUUUGUGAUCGCCAGUGAGGAAAAUCCCCUGACUGCUGAUCCUGUUCAGAAAUGCAAGGUCACUGGUUCAAAUCCCAGCAGGGUAAACUUAGCCCUUCAUCCUUCCGAGGUUGAUAAAAUGAGUACCGUCAAUUGGGUAAUCAUAACAUCUGUUACUAUUCAGCUGCCGAUUUGGUUAAUUCUGAGAGCGUGUGCUGAAAAGCGCUUUGAGUCCCACUCGGAGAAAGGGGCUAUAUAAAUGCUAGUUAUUAUUAUGAUGUAUUCUUUUCACAAACUGCAGUUUUUGAGUUAGUCAGGCCCUACAACAGCCACUGGGCACCCUGUCUCUGCAUAUCUCUAAAUGUAUAUGUGGGGUAAUAGGUGUGUCCCAAACCUCUACCUAUAACAGAAAUUACAAUCUCUGCACCAAAGUGUGAAUCAUUGGAAAUUUAAAGGUAAUUUCAAAAUUUAAGCCCAAAAAAUGAAUUUGUAAGUUUUUUCUUUUUUUAUCUAAGACCUUCUGGCAUUAGAUUGAAUCAAUAUUAUAGACUUGUUUCACAUAAUUAAAAAAAAAACCAAAAAGGUUCUAUAGAAAUUCUGCAUUUUGUACAGAAUUAACUUGUUCUUUGUUCUGCAGAUAUCGAUCGAAGCAUCCCAAUUCGCCCCUCUGUUUACAGAGGUAAGUAAAGCUGUUUAGCAGGUUUUAGGGAGAUGGGGGGAUAACUGGCCCCUGAAUCAUUAAUUCUCCUUAUAUUACUAUCUAGCAGUAUAAAAAAAUAAAUAAAAUAAAGAUGACAGACUGGAGAGCAGUAAAAAUUAAAAAUAAAAACAAGUCUGUGAAAUAAACCUGAUCUAAUAUGAAGAACAAUGAACUGACGUACUGGUAGACGCAGGGCCAGCUUUGGAUUUCAACGCAAAUUAAGUUUGAUGCAAAGAUUGCAGUAUGAAAAGUAAACGUUCUCUGUAGAUCAUAAUGUUAUUAAAAUCGGACAUUCAGUUACAGGUUUAUUUAUUUAAGACUCAAAUGAUUCAUGAUGUUUCUUUUUUUCCCAUAGCCUUUAUCAUCUUAUCUGGAUUUGACAUUUUCUAUUGCCACUGGACAAUGUACAAUUCUAGAAACUGGGGUAAAAGUUCAGUUAGGUGUAGAUGUCCAAGGAGUGUGUCCCAUUUUUGGACAUGUCCUGACUGCAACAGUGGUAAGUACCAGUGGGAUCAUUAAUAUACACAUAAACAUGAGUUAUGGCAUACACAUCGGUUAUCUCUCAGUAUGGAGAGGAAAAUGAAAUGUGAGCCUAAUCACUUUGGGGAAAUAUAUACUAAUGGGAAAUACCUAAUCACUUCUUAACCAACUACAUGGGACUGACAGAAAAUGGGGGCAUUUGAUGUGAAUCCCGCGUUACUCUCCACAACGCACAUUAACAGGAGUGGUGUGGGUGCACUUCCCUGUCCGCUUAGCCCUGCAGCUGCAAACAUUGCACUUUCGAAGAAACAUUGCAGGGUUAAGAUGGCCUCUCGUGGCUGUCUCCCAGACAGCAACUAGAGACUCUUCAUGACCUUUCACAGAGUUCGAGUCCAUGAAACAACACUGGACGUCCAUGCUGUUUUCAUGAAGACUUCCAGCAUUUUCUAAAACCGCAUAGGAAAACAUUGAGUCUAGGCUAUCCUAUGGGGAAGGCUUAAUGCGCAUGCGGAUGAGGAGCCCAGUCCAAUGCCGAGGGACAUCGGUCCUGGAAUUGGGUAAGUGUUUAAAGGGUUUUUUAACCUUUUAUUUGAUGAUGGUGAUGUGAGUGGAACCCUUUUAGUGUUUGGAAUACAUCUUUUUAUUCCUAACAAUAACGUUUUCAUUGAAAGGAACCAACCAAGCGCCAUAACCACUACUGCACACUCCCUACCUCCUCUCAGUGAUCAGGAGAGCAAGAGGCUCCUGCUUAGAAGAUUAAUUUAUCUCUCCUGUUAAAGCCCUUCAAGACAUAGCUCAAACAGAGAGCGUCCGACUCUAUUGAAGUAUGUAGUGGAGGCAAGGAGAAGGCACCCAGGUAAGAAGUCAAACCAUUCUAAAAUGGCACUCCUGGCAGUGUGCUGUAGUGGUCAUGGUACUUGGAGUGUUCCUUUAACCCCUUAAGGACACAUGACAUGUGUGAAAUGUCAGGAUUCCCUUUUAUUCCAGAGGUUUGAUCCUCAAAGGGUUAAAAACACCUCAGUGUUUCUUUGGACACCUCAGGUAUACAGCUGGCUGGUAUAUGUUGUCUGUAUUUAAUCUCAUGGUUACGUCCGAUUAGCAGACCCUUCUUUUCUAAUUCUUUAUACCUCGAGUUUGUUGUGAUCCACUGUCUAUCCCCCUUACUGUUGUGUUUUUGCAAAGACCAGGAUAACAUUUUGCUUAGCCUUGGGUGCACGCAACCCAGAGACUCCUCUGAAAACGGUAUACUUGAAAAUGUUCUAUAUUAUGCUUUCACUGUGGAUCUUUUAUUUUAUUAAUUUUUGUAGUCUGUUUCUAAUUUUUAUUCAGUAAAAGUAUUUUAUUUUUUUUUACUAAUGAUUUCCAAAGCAGAUAUUGUACCCCAAACUCCUGCAAUUCAAUUUUCAAUUUGCAACAAACAGGAAUAUUGAACAGAAAAUUUUGCACAUGGGAUAAGGCAGUUUGUGUAAAUGGAAGUGAAUAAAAGUUAAUAAAUCAUUGCAUAUGAAAUAAUAAUUACGUUAUUUAUAAAAACAGUACAUUCUAAAUAAGCCUAUUACAUAUGUGUGUAUAGAAAUUAAUAUUACUUCAUUUUAUCUUAUAGAACCUUGAGGUGGAUGCCUCCCUUUCAAUCAAUUAUGGCAUUGGACUUAAGCUUAAUGCAGUAAGGUAAUCUUGAUUAGACUUCAAUUUACUAUUAAAAAAAAAGUAACCAGAUUUGAGCUAUUUAAUGAAUUGAACAAGCUCAAAAUGUUUGUGAGCAAACUUUCUAGGGAUACGUUUCUCAAGUUUAGAAGUACCCUGUGGAUCACCAUAAUUCAAACGGAUCCAAGCUCAAUUGCAGAGACUAUCAGAGCUGCCGGCACAGUUAUCGUGACACCUUGAGAGUAAGAUAUCUGAAUUCUUGUUCGAAAGCAGCAUAUCCAUUGGUUUCCACGGAGAAAUGUUCCUCUGGCUGUGACAGAGGUGAAACUGCUUCUUCAAGAGGCAAAGAGUUUAUGAAUAAAUUGCCACUUUUUGCUUUUUUCCUCCAAGUGGACAAUUUACUUCCAUGCUGCCAUGUUUGUCUUUGGACAGUAUAAUAACAGUAAGGAAGAUGCAUUAGAAUGUUGCCGACACUUUAAUGUCUAAUUGUUGGUGCAAUUUAUUAGAUUUGUUGGGAUUUUUUUUUUAUUUGUUUCUUCUUUUGCACCCUAACUGGCAAAAAGAUGGACUGCAAAAAAAGAUGCAAUGGAUCCGUUUUCGACCAUUUUCCCGACAGGAGAGUGUUGUUUUUUUAUUUUUUUCUCAAUUUGAUGGUCUUCUGUAAUGGAGAUUUCUGUGAAAACUGGUGAAAUUCCCUGUAACAAAAACUGUCACUUUCUAGAUCAAUUUUAAUAAUAAAUACUAAGUAAAUGAUGGAAUGUAACCAUCAUAUUUCAGAACACUUUGAAAUAUAUUGCAGGAGUACCAAUAAUUUAGCAAGCCCUCUGCACUUCAACCUUGUGCCCUCUUGACUCUACUUUUCUUUCUCUACUCCUCUAAUUCCAUUUCCUUCCUCCCUCGAGUAUCUUUCACUUGCCUUCCUUAACGCUGUUUAUAAAGUACCGAGUUGGUGCCUUCUCCUCGUUAAGAAUAAGCCUGUUAUCCUGAAUCCUUUAUUUCCACAUAACAAUGUUUUGACACCCCAUGAACUGUGGAUAACGAUGUGCUAAAUCUGUCUAAUUACUACAUAUGACCUUCAAAGAGUUAGGCAUUUCUUUGGCAUCUACUGAUAUGACUCAGGUGGCUUUUUUAAUUUUUUGUGUUUUCUUUAAAUUUAUCUAGUAUUGUGAAAAUAUCUCUGGAUUAUAUAACCGACAAAUGUUCAUGCGAUACAGUAAGUAUAUAUUUACUUUUAUAUUAUAUUUACUUUUUCCAUUUUUCUCCAUAUUUUUUUAAAGUGGAAAAAUAAAAAGUAAAAAAUCUGUAAUUCUUAAUGUACCUCUACUCUGGAACCUCUAUCUUGGCUGCCCAUCAAUCAUUGUUACAAACUCCACUGUUUGCCCCUGUCAGUCAUCAUAGAGAGCGCGUAGAGGGAGGAGGGGAAAUUAGAAGAGAGGGAGAGGAUGGAGUGGAGGAGAGGAGAGAUUAAAAUAAUGUUUCUUAUUCUCCUUUUAAAAUGCAAUGUGUGCCUGGAAUGAACUAGAUUUUGAUACCAAUUGCUAAAUCUUGCACUGCAACAACUUUAUUUAAUUGAAGUGGUUAUAGUACCUGGAGUCCCAUGGCACCAUCCCUCCAUUCAGUGCUAAACUGUUCUUGGACGUGUAACAUUGAAUGAGGGUCUCCAGGCACCACGCAGUCCAGACCCUCUGCUUCUCGAGUCACUGCUUCUUCAUUAGCCCAAGCACUAUUGAGUGGCAGUGAUUGGAGAGAAUCAGCUGUGCACUCUCGGCCAAUCAUAGUCACCCAUUGCUGGUACAAAUUGGUAUGGGUAGAGCACAUUGUAAUCUGUACCUUAGUCAUGGGCAGGGCUAUUUGCUAACGUGGGAAUUCAUAAUUAAUUUAAAAUUUUAGACCAAAAUAGCUGUACUGGAGAAAUUUUAAGUAGGUUAUUUUUGCCCUAAAUUUGAAAUUCACUUUGACUUAUCUAUUUAGUGACUAACCCACGAUAGUGAAUAAAUCUCCAACCCCGAUAGUGAAUAAAUCUCCAACCCCUAUGAAAGAUAGAAAAACAUACAUGAAAAUAUAUAAUAAAGAGAAACCGCUCUGUAAAGUUUAUGAUUUUUAGAACGUAACAUUUAAUAUUUUCAUUAAAAAGAUUGUGUCACAAGGUGAAGUGGUGUAGGACGUAGACCAACUUAAUACAAUUAAAUUAAUAUUCUAUAAAGAAUUUAUAGAGAUGUUAACAAGGGGGACCACACAUAGUCUGUUCGGUAACUGAACACAAGAGAACAAUUACCGUGUUUCUCCGAAAAUAAGACCGGGUCUUAUAUUAAUUUUAGUCACAAAAAACACACUAGGGCUUAUUUUCAGAGUAGGGCUUAGAGCCAGUCUGUCAGCCGGUGUCCGCGCUGUGUAACCCUCCCAGAGACCCUCACCUCCCCCUCCCUGUAAUACUCUCCCCCCUUCCUCCCUGUAAUAUUCUCCCCUCCCUCCCUCCCUGUAAUAUUCUCCCCCCCUCCCUGUAAUAUUCUCCCCUCCCUCUCCCCCCUCCCUCCCUGUAAUAUUCUCCCCUCCCUCCCUCCCUGUAAUACUCUCCCCCCCUCCCUCCCUGUAAUAUUCUCCUUCCCUCCCUCCCUGUAAUACUCUCCCCAUCCCUCCCUGUAAUAUCUCCCUCCCUUCCUCCCUGUGUACUCUCCCCCCCCUCCCUCAAUAUUAACCCCCCCUCCCUCCCUGUAAUACUCUCCCCCCUCCCACUCCCUGUAUUCUCCCCCCCCCUCCCUCCCUGUAAUAUUCUCCCCCCUCCCUCCCUGUAAUACUCCCCCCACCCCUCCAAUCUUCUCCUCACCUCCCCUGUAGCGUGGCCGAGCUCCUCUCCGGUCUGCGACCCGGCCGGACUGAUAGGAAGUACACACCCAGUGUGCACUUCCUGUCAGUCCGGGCGGGUCGCGGACCGGAGAGGAGCUCGGCCACGCUACAGGGAAGGGGAGGUGAGGCAGUGCGGCAGCCGUCUGAGUGCUCUCUAUAGAGCGCUCAGGCGGCUGAGGCAUUUAAAGGGCCGGCAGCCGCCGGCCCUGCCUAGGUCUUAUUUUUGGGGUAGGGCUUAUAUUGCAGCCCACCCCGAUAAUCCAGCUAGGGCUUAUUUUCGGGGUAGGGUGUAUUUUUGGGAAAACACGGUAUCUGGUAGUGAUUCCAUUCAAAUGCCGGGGGAUAUCAGACGGAACAAAAUAAAAAUAAGGGAACACGUAUGAGGUGUCCUAUCUUGCGCGACACAUACGUUAUAGAGGAUUUUUCAGUUUUAUUCAGCAGUUAGUGCUAUUUCGCCUUCAGAGUGCUAAUUUUUCUAAAUUCCUUGCUAUAGCAUCUUUCUGGAUUUGAGAACUAUCCGUUCGGUGUAAUCUCAACUAGUUCUUUAUUAACUCCAAACACAAAUAUACUGUGGUAAAAAAAAAAAAAUAAUAACUAACAAGUGACCAAAAGUAUAUUUGUUUCACACAAUCACUUUGUUGUACUUGUUUUACUGAAUAAAAAAAAACUGUAUAAAAAUGUUUUACACGCUCCUACGUCAGUUACUUCCUUGAUUUAGUUAAAAUGAAAUAGAUACAUUUUUUUACCAUACAUGCAAUCAUAGAAGAGUGCAUUUAAUAUAGUAGUAAAGUUCGUAUUUGCUGUUUUUGACUCGUUUUAGGCACAUUCACUUAUUGAAAACAUUAUUGAUAUAAAUGUGAGAAACUACCUUGACCUCUCAGCAAGCUGUAAGUAUGUGGUCCAUAUACAAAUCUGACAAUUAUUGAGUUACUGACAGCGUUACUUACUAAAUGGGAACUCCAAAUGAAGUCUAAGUGAUUUUCAGGCUAAGUUUAUCAAUAAAACUUGAUAUAUACUCAACAAAACAUGCAUAUAUAGUUUAAAGCCUUUAUUAAAAAAAAAUUUUUUAAAAAAAGGGGGGGGUUUGUUUGUUAUUUUUAAAAAAAAGCACGUUUAGAGGCAAUUGCAUGCAUGCUGGGAUAUAUUCUAUUCAAAGUGUAGAGAAAAGUAAUAUUGGAUGGAAUGAUAUAGAAACAUAUUGGUGGAAAUGUGAUGAGAGUAACCACAAUGUGCAGAUUCCUGAUCAAGGCUUUGCUAAGGAGUUUAUUCAAACAAACAGAAAUCGUGCAGCUUUAAAACAGAAUUGCACAUUUUAGACCGAUGUAACCAAAAUGUCAAAUAUUAGUAAGAUUCAUCAAAUUAUAGCAAUCGUCGUCACAUGCCUCUUGCCAGUUAUGUGGCAUUAUAGAGGUAGUUAUGUGAUGGUAUAGAGGUAGUCAUGUGACAUUUUAGAGAGAGUCAUGUGAGGUUAUAGAGGUAGUCAUGUGACAUUUUAGAGAGAGUCAUGUGAGGUUAUAGAGGUAGUCAUGUGACAUUUUAGAGAUAGUCAUGUGAGGUUAUAGCGGUAGUUAUGUGACAUUUUAGAGAGCGUCAUGUGAGGUCCCUACCUUUUUUUUUUCUUGUAUCACCCCUCCUAUCGUUCGAAUUUCCCUAUAAAUUAUUCCGUUUUAACUGCCUGAAGUAAUCCUAAAUCCUAGUCUAAUAGGCAUACAUUUAAUAAAUCCUCCUGAAACACUGGAUACAUUGGAUUUACCCGAUAAACUGCUACUAACUUGUAUUUAGUAUCCCUAUACUGUGUCUAUAUACUGUACCAAAUUCUUUCCCUUAAUUGGGUUUUAUCGUCAUUGUUCUCACAAAUGUCACUCGUCAGCUAACUUUUAUUUGUGCCAACUGCAUUAAACUAAUGUAGCUAAACGAAACGCUUUCUAAGCUCUGUAAUUAUUUGUAAAACUAACUUUGACUGGAGGUGUUAAUCUAUUGAAUGAAUUUUAUUCCAGGUGACAUGAAGCAAAUACUGCCUGAACCUACACCCGUUUCAACAAACCAAUAUUAUAAAGACCACCGUGAACAAUACACUCCAGAAGUUACAUGUCAUUCUGUACGUAUAUAUAUAUAUAUAUAUAUAUCUUUUAUUUUCUAUUAGGUAUACAUUUCAUCGCAUCCAUUUACAUCAAAUUAUAGUCGUCAAAUAACUCAAUCAAACAGUGUGAAAUCUAUGUGGCUAAACAGCAGAAAAGUUGUUGUUGAAAAGGUGAAAAACCGUAAUUCUUUGUCUGUUCUGUUGAACCCCCUCAUUGCCAGCACCCAGCUUAUUUAGGAUUUAUCGUUUAUCGCUGAAGGUAGCGGUUAUUUGGCAGUACUAUAAGGGCUCUCAGCACAAUUCCGUGUAAACAGGAUUUAAAACAAAGUAGUUUAAGAAAUAAUAGAAAAAAUAAAUAUACAGUUUGUUAUUUGUGUUUUUUGAAGAGUUAUCUGAGCAACACUACAGCCCUCAUAUACAUACAUUACAUCCCAUAUACACACACUACAUCUCUAUACACACACACACACUACACCCCAUAUACACACACUACAUCUGUAUACACAUACUACACCCGAUAUACAUACACUACAUCUCUAUACAUAUACUACACCCCAUAUACACACACUCUAUACCCCUAUACACAAACUAUACUCUAUGCACACACACUAUAUGCCCUAUGCAAACUAAAACCCCUGUAUAUAUACACAAAUUACACCCCUUACACACACACUGCAGCCCCUAUAAACACUACAAACGCUACAGACCCUAGGUGCACUGCACUCCUUGGUUACACACACUGUAGAGCCCCUCCUGCCACAUAAACACUCUCUACAAUGACAGCCACACACACACACACACACACACACACACACAAUCUCUACAACCCCAUAGAUACACACACACACUACAACCCCUAGUCACACAAACAGACCCUUUUACACAUACCCUACACCAUAAACAUCACCCUAUAUACACAUGCAAUCCCGCAAGCAGCCUCCAAAAUCAUACAACACCAGAGGUAACCUCUAAAUGUAUGCACAACACGAUCCUCUGGUAUUCCACUUUUCGGGGACACUAGAGGCUGGUGACUUACAAAGGCAAUGCCAGGGCUGAAUGCUUUUUCCCAGUUUGGCCCUGAUUAUAGAUCAACCUAAUAAGUGUAGAAAGCUUAUUGAAUCCAUGACAGAUUACUGCAAUAGAACACUAAAAUGUCUGAAAUUACAUUGAUGAUAUAAAUGACAGGAGGAGGGCCGGCAAUGAGUUGGAUUGCUCUAGAAAUGAUUCCAAGUGUCGGUCUGAAAACCAGUGUUGUGAUUGGAUCCAAUAUAGUGCUUGGUGGUCUGUUUGUGUACUGUCCUCGCCACCGUGAGGGCUAUGCAACGUAGAUUGAAAGAGCUUGAAAACAAGUCACAGAUAACUAAAGUAUUUAUUAUUAUUUUCGCCAUUUAUAUAGCGCCAACAGAUUCUGUAGCGCUUUACAAUAUUAUGAGAGGGGGAUUUAACUAUAAAUAGGACAAUAGGUUGAAGAAGACCCUGCUCAAACGAGCUUAAAUUCUAUCGGAGGUGGGGUGUAAAACAAAACAGGACAGGAGGUAGCAAUCAAAUAAGGUGGGAGUGAAGCAGAGCUGGAGGAGAGAGUAGAGUGCUGCCCUUUAGGAGAGAGCAAGAGACAGGUAUGUAAGGUAGAAGUUACUCUUGGAGGCCAUAAGCUUUCCUAAAGAGAUGGGUUUUAAGGCACUUCUUAAAUGAUUGAAGACUAGGGGAGAGUCUAAUGGUGGUAGGCAGGCUAUUCCAUAGGAAGGGAGCCGCCCGCGAAAAGUCCUGGAAGGUCUUUGGUUUACCAUUGAGCGUUGCACUUGUUAUUUAGAUUUCCUGGCUACUGAUAUUUGGCUUUGACUCUCGUUAUUCCAUCUCUCUGUUUCCCUUGACCUUGGCUCGUGUUUUGACUAUCCCUUUUUGCAUAACCCGACCAUUCUAAGGAUCGGUAUUGCAAUUAUCUCUACUCUGUCCUGUCUGCGUGUUAGGGUUCCCUAGUGAACAUUACAGACAUGUUGCAGGAUGGCAGGGGAGAGGUCUGGGGAGAAGAGAUAUAUCUGGGUGUCAUCAGCAUACAGGUGGUAGUGGAAUCCAAAAGAGGUAAUAAGUUUGCCAAGAGAGGCGGUAUAAAGAGAAAAUAGAAGGGGACCAAGGACAGAGCCUUGGGGGACUCCAAAUGAGACAGGACAAGGGGAGGAGGUAUCAUUAUAAAAGUAGACGCUGAGUGAGUGUUGGGAGAGAUAAGAGGAAAACCACGAGAGGACAGAGUCACACAGACCGAUUGAUUGAAGAGUUUGAAAAAGUAGAGCAUGAUCAAUGAUGUCAAAGGCAGCAGAGAGGUCAAGAAGCAUUAAUAUGGAGUAGUGGCCUUUGGAUUUAACUGCGAUUAGGUUUUUAGUAACUUUGAUAAGAGCAAUCUCAGUAGAGUGGAGAGGGCGGAAGCCAGAUCGAAGAGGGUCAAAUAGAGAUGUUGGAAUGGAGGAAGUAAGGGGUAAAGCCAAGUCUUUCCAGAAGCUUUGAGGAGAAAGGGAGCAGGUAUAUGAGACAAUAGUUAGAGGGGGAGGACGGGUCAAGAGAUGUUUAUUUCAGGAUAGGUACUACAGUGGCAUGUUUAAGGUCAGUAGGGACAAUGCCAGAAGAGAGAGAGCAGUUGAAGAUGUGUGUUAAGGAAGGUGCAAGACAAGGGUAGAGAGAUCUGAUAAGGUGAGAUGGGAUAGGAUCGAGCGGGCAAGUAGUGGGGUGAGAGGAAACGAGAAACGCAGCCACCUCUUGUUUAGUAGCCGGGGAGAAAGUCUGGUGGAUAGGAAAGGCAUGAUCUAUGUGUGGUUGAGAAACAGGAAGGCAGGGUGGGGAGAAUUAUUUCCUAAGCUGUUCAAUGUUGUCGGUAAAAUAACAUGCAAAGCUCUCGGCUGUACGGUUAGUUUGAGGGGUGGCCAAAGAAAAGAAUUAAAGGUGUUAAAUAGACGCCUGGGUUUGCGGGAGCAUAAACUAAUGAGAGAGGAAAAGUAUGACUGUUUGGCAAGGGCAAGGAUUGCGCUGUAUGAACACAAUAUGAAUCUAUAAUGGAGAAAGUCUGACUGGGUGCUAGACAUCCUCCAGGAGUGUUCAGCACAACGGGAGCAUAUUUGCAGGUAGCGUGUUAAUUUAGUAUGCGACGGUUGGGGGCGUGUCCUCCUCGAGGUGCAUGCUUAGAGCGGGGCUGCAGCGUACAAGGCAUAGGUGAGGGUAGUGUUAUAUGUUGAGAAGGCCAUUGCGGGACAGGAGAGGAAAUGGAUGGAUAGCAGUUGUGAAUCAAUAUCAACUGACAGCUGGAGGUAAAUAGAAUUAAGGUUCCUCCUGAGUUGAGGGGGGUUAGACUGAGGUUGUUGGGUGAGGGGGUACUCGAGAGCAAACAAUAAGAGGUGGUGAUCAGACAGAGGAAAUGGAGUGUUGCGGAUAUUAUAUACUCUACAUGCAUCAGAGAAAAUGAGGUUGAGGGUAUUGCUAGCUACAUUGGUGGGAGAAUUAGCCCACUGUGAUAGCCCAAGGGAGGAAGUAAUUGAAAGUAGUUUAAAGGCUGUAGAGGUCAAAGGUGGGUUAAUGGGAAUAUUGAGGUCCACAAGAAUUAGUGACGGAAUAUUAGAAGAGAGGAAAUAGGGUAGCCAGGCAGCAAAGUCAUCAAGGAAGGUUAGAGGGAAACCAGGGGGGCAAUAUAUAACAGCAAUGUUAGCAGAGAAGGGUUUAAAAAGGCGGAUUGAAUGAAUUUUGAAUGAUGGGAAAGAGAGGGAAGGGGUUGUGGUAGAGGUUUGAAGGAGCAGUGAGGUGAGAGGAGAAACCCUACACCACCCUUUUACAUUCAGAGUGUCUUGGGUUGUGGAUAAGUUAAAAACCACCAAAGGAUAAAGAUGCAGGGGUAGCAGUGUAAGAAGGGGAGAGCCAUGUUUCUGUUAAGGCUAGUAAAUCUAGAGAAUGAGAGAUGAAGAGGUCGUGGACAGCAGUGGAUUUUGUAAUAUUGCAAACAGAGCAUGCAUUCCAGAGGGCAGUAUUGAAGGAGGAUUUAGAGGAAGAGUAACAUGAGAUGUGUAUGAGAUUGGUGUGGUUCCUUGAGUUAGUAUGUACAAGUAAUCCAGCUUGUGCACCUUGUUCUAGGAAUGCAGAAGGCAGUUAAGAGCAUAUAAACUGUGUUGGAGCAGGAUGUACUUAGAGCGGCUUGGUCUUGUUGCUGUAUUACGAGGAUAACCUGUUAGAGAUUUCAAAGAGUCAGAAAACAAGACAAAUAGGUUGUGGAUUGUGAGAUGGACCACUGAUAGAUCAGAUAGAUGAUAGAGGUGUGUUGUGGUACCUGACGCGGUUUACAUCACGAGAUACGCUCCACCACUGUGAUGCUCUACUGUGCGAGGUGUAUGUAAGGGAAUCUGAGGAUUCUGCCCUUUAAUGGGUAUCCACUGCCUUUAUGCUUUCUGUGGCACCUUUGCUGGAAUUUGCGGCCUACACCACAGACCUCUCUUCCAGUGAGUUGCCUUCAAAAGAUCGGUAAAAACUCACUUCUUUAGGAAAGCAUAUCAAUUAAACUGUUAAAAGCUUCCCCACUGCACCCUGGGAGCCCAACAUGCAUCCUCUCUUGCAACCGUGUCAUCCAAUUAACUAACCCUUCAUUAUAAAACUUUUCUAGUAACCUACUUCUUCCUGUAACACAAUGAACCACAUCAUACCCUUACCUCUUGUGUCACUAUAGCCCACUGCCUCUAGAAUGUAAGCUCAUUUGAGCAGGGCCCUCAACACCCUCUGUUCCUGUGCAUCCAGCUUGUCGUGUUGCAAAUACUUGUCUGUCAAGACCAUGCAUUGUACAGUGCUACGGAAUUUGUUGGUGCUUUAUAAAUAGUAAUAAUAGAGCUUGUAUGGGCUCCUUAGAUAUAUAGCCUGAUGGGGGAGCUGUAGGAGGUGACUACACUGUGGUUGUGAUAAGAUUAGCGUCAAAUGUGGAUGGAUUGGAAUUCCACGCUGGGAGCUGAAAUGGAAUGUGGCCAAUUAAGAUGGCGGCAGAACUGGAAGUCUCAUAUCUAAAAUAGGGUCACUAUCAAGUCUGGGUUUGUGAUGUAAUGCUGCUUUGAAAAGACCAUUCAGUGAUGUGUUUUUCUCUCUUUUAGGGCUAUGCCAAUGUGCAGCAUCCUGAUAUACAUUACUAA